CCGAGCGAAGCGAGCGAGCGGCGCUGUGUCGGACAUCUCCCCGGAUUACCAACGCGACAAAACGGUUAAAAGCCAGUCACAGCCAAAAGUGAGGCACCAGCUCAGAGGAGGACUGCAAUGCUCACAGGGUCCUGUACAGGUGACAUCAUCUUCCACUCUUUGGUGCCUGCGCGUUAGCUUGGCUCCCGUGCCCCAGCAGGCAGCCCAUGCACCCUCACGACACCAUGGGUAGUUCUCCUGAGGUGCUGUCCUGGACCUCCUGCCCUAGCCUGCUUGUGGGCAAGCUCAAGGAGGAGCUCAAACUGUCGGUGGUGGGCGAUGCCAUGAAGAAGUCCUCCAACAACUCCCCCUAUCCCCCGCAAGCUCCACCCACCAUGCAGACCCCGCCCCCUCAGAUCAUCACCGACCUGGCUCCACCCACCCACCUACCCGUGCCGCUGCAGACCCCCGUUGCCGAUGAGGACAUGCUGGGAGGGGUCAGCCCGCAGAACGUGGCGCUAAGUGUGGACUCGAUGCGGAGCGAAGGCGGCCAUUUUGACAACAGCGUCCUACAGCUAAGGGAGCAAGAGGAGGGGUCACCCGGGUCUUGCGAGCACGGAGGGGAAGGAGGAGAGGGGGGUAGUGGUGGGGAGGAGCAGACAGGGGAGGGGGAGUGUCCCGAACAUCAGCAGGGAGGAGGGGAGGAGGAAGAGAGGAGGCAUCAGCACCCACACCCGGAUGAUAUCAAGCUGCACUUCCAGAGGGCAGGCCCGGGGCAGGGGGGGUUCCUGGAGGGGCUGUUUGGGUGUCUGCGGCCGGUCUGGAACAUCAUCGGGAAAACCUACUCCACCGAGUACAAGCUGCAGCAGCAAGACAUGUGGGAAGUCCCAUUCGAGGAGAUCUCAGAGCUGCAGUGGCUGGGCAGUGGGGCACAGGGUGCAGUGUUCCUGGGCAAGUUCCGCUCUGAGGAGGUGGCCAUCAAGAAAGUGAGAGAGCAGAAGGAGACAGACAUCAAGCACCUGAGAAAGCUCAAGCAUCCCAACAUCAUCAGCUUCAAGGGAGUGUGCACGCAGGCACCCUGUUACUGCAUCAUUAUGGAGUACUGCGCUCAGGGCCAGCUGUAUGAGGUGCUACGUGCAGGCAGGAAGGUCACCCCCCGCCUGCUGGUGGACUGGGCCUCAGGCAUCGCCAGUGGAAUGAACUACCUGCACCUGCAUAAGAUCAUCCACCGUGACCUCAAGUCCCCCAAUGUGCUGGUGACUCAAAACGACACCAUAAAGAUCUCAGAUUUCGGCACAUCCAAAGAGCUCAGCGACAAAAGCACCAAGAUGUCCUUUGCUGGGACGGUGGCCUGGAUGGCCCCAGAGGUCAUCCGCAAUGAGCCUGUGUCCGAGAAGGUGGACAUCUGGUCCUUUGGUGUGGUGCUGUGGGAGCUGCUCACAGGAGAGAUCCCCUACAAAGACGUGGACUCAUCGGCCAUUAUCUGGGGAGUGGGCAGUAACAGCCUGCACCUGCCUGUACCCUCCACCUGUCCCGAUGGCUUCAAGAUCCUCAUGAAACAGACCUGGCAAGGGAAGCCAAGGAACCGACCGUCGUUCAGACAGAUCCUCCUGCACCUGGACAUUGCCUCAGCAGAUGUUCUGGGAACCCCUCAGGAGACCUACUUCAAGUCUCAGGGAGCCUGGAGGGACGAGGUAAAGAAGCACUUUGAGAAGAUCAAGAGUGAGGGCACGUGUAUCCACAGACUGGACGAGGAGCUGAUCCGUCGGCGCAGGGACGAGCUCAGGCACGCUCUGGAUAUCCGGGAGCACUACGAGAGGAAACUGGAGCGAGCCAAUAACCUGUACAUGGAGCUGAGUGCCAUCAUGCUGCAGCUGGAGGUGCGCGAGAAGGAGCUCAUGAAGAGAGAGCAGGCAGUAGAAAAGAAGUAUCCCGGGUCGUAUAAGCGGCACCUCGUCAGACCCAUCGUGAGGCCCAAUGCUGUGGAGAAGCUCAUCAAGAAGAAAGGCAGCCUGUCCCACAAGCCCGGAUUGCCCCAGACUAAGAGGCCGGACCUGCUGCGCUCUGAGGGCAUCCCCAGCCUGGACCCCCUCCCCACCCCUUCUCCUCUGUCGGCCAGCCCCAAAGUUUCCACUCCCCCAGGAAAGUCCCGCUAUAGAAGCAAGCCUCGUCACCGCCGCGCUAACAGCAAAGGCAGCCACAGCGACUUCCCCGGAGCCCUCAGACCUAACACGGGGCCCCUGGAGGACACACAGUCUAUACAGGACCUGCCCCCUGUCCACCCGCUUCAGGACACCUCCAGAGAGGUACGCGACGGCCCCUUCCUCCCUCUGCGGGGCCGAGAGGAAGCUGUUGUUAACUGUGCCAACAACCUGCGCUACUUUGGCCCUGCGGCGGCUCUCAGGAGCCCACAGAGUGACCACAUGCAGCGCCGCGUGUCAGAGUCCAGUCCUGACCUCAUCUCCACUGCGGUGGAUGCACACACACGCCAGAGGACCCCUUCUACGGGCUCCAACCCUAGUGCAGGGGCCGGCUCUCUGUGUCCCUGCCAGGCACACCCCUUCUCUGGGUGCCAGCGCUGUCAGGUCCCCCCGCCCUCCUCCAGCCUCCUGGAUGUUCCCACCUACCCUCAGGAGGGCACCACGACCCCUGCAGUGCCCACUAAAGAGACAGGCUCAGAGGCAGAGGACAGGCCUUUGGGAGGGCAUCCGGAGGGUUUUAAACCCUCCUGCCCUGUUCCCACACCACUGUCCCGCACCAUCAGACCGCUCAGGAAGGGUGAUGAUUCUUCAGAAGAAGAGGAGGGAGAGGUGGACAGUGAGGUGGAAUUUCCACGGCGACAGAGGCCUCACCGUUGUAUGAGCAGUUUCCAGUCGUACUCCACCUUCAGCUCGGAGAACCUGUCUGUAUCUGAUGGAGAGGAGGGGAACACCAGUGAGCACUCUCACAGCGGGCCUCUGGAGCGCCUCAGUGCCAGUCAGGAGGAGCACCUGGAUGAGCUGCUGUCCCACACCCCCGAUAUCCCCAUCGAUAUCUCCACCCAGUCUGACGGCCUGUCCGACAAGGAGUGUGCCGUACGCAGGGUCAAGACGCAGAUCUCUCUGGGCAAGCUGUGCUCCGACGAACACAGCUACGAGAACCCUCUGCAGUUCGGAGACUCAGACUGUGACUCCUCUGAGGCAGAAUGCUCUGAUGCCACCAUCAGGAACAACAAGGGCCCUCCCUCCUCGUGGUAAUGGGCCCUCUGUCCUCGUGGUAAUGGGCCCUCCUUCCUCGUGGUAAUGGGCUCUCCUUCCUCAUGGUAAUGGGGCCCAUGAGGCGCUCCUUUCUCCGGGCUCUCUUCGUGUCUGGAUGCUCUCUGCUCAGCAAUAACUCCACAAAACUCCUCUCAAUCAAGCUCCCCAAGAACAAGUCCACCAUGCUAUUUUCCAUCUCCGCUCACUACUUAUAGCAUCCAGGCAACCCAUGGCAGGGAUCCCCUUUUUGAAUGAUAUUGUACAGUAGAUAGAGAUGCAUUCAUACAUUUAUUUUUGUCCAAGUUUUGAAAGAAAAUUCAGGAUUAUCUUGUAAAUAGGAGCUAUUGUACCAUAGGCUGUUGGGUGGGAAAAAGACUAAAUAAGGCAUUUGAAUCCCCAACUGUUACUAGCCUGUCUGAACAACCAUUUUUAGCUUACCAUGAGCUUAGCUAGCUUCCCAAAACUCUCCCACAUUUUGCACUGUGGCCCGGAAAAGUGAACGCUUGAAUUAAACGUAUGAACACCAGCAUGAACAAAAGCAAACAAAACAAAAAUAAACUCUCAGUUUUUUCGCAGAAUUUUUUGCUGAGCUGUGCUAGCAUGGCGCUCGGACAGCUAACGCUAGUGCACAACUGCAUGGAGAGAUAAACAGCGCCAUUCCCAUAAGUUUUAAUGGAGCAAACGGCAAAAAACAAGUGAUUUUUUUGUUUUGUUAUUCCAGUUGAUAUUUUGAGUAUCAUUAGACAUCUCAGGAUCGAACCAGGACUGUGACCAAGUGGAGCGGACCAACUUGAGUACUGUAGGCUAGAAUGUGGCGGACCAUGCAGGGAUAUUAAUUUAAGUGCUUGGUCUCGAAAAGCAACCCUUUAUCACUGUAACCAUGUGGCGAGUUGGGAGUUUGUGUGGUGUCCCAGGGGUAUGUGCAACCAACUAAGCAAUUUUAUUUUCCUUAUAUAUUUUUAUUGGCUGUUCACAAAUGAGCUUUAAUUCCAGUAUCCAAAAGAAAAAUUCACUAAUGUUGAACCCCCCCUAUCUCAGUUAAAAAUUACAUCAAUGAUGUGUUGUGAACAUGUGUAAAAUUGGACAUGACUUGAAAGGUAGAUAAAUAUUAAUACAAAUACCAGCUAGAUAAAUAUCUAAUAUUUGGAUGGAAAGAACAAAUUUUCUUGCAAAAAUUAACAAAAAAUACCUUUAAAUGUACUGCUUCAGAAGUCUACGUAUGUUAAAGGGAGCAUAUUAGGUAAAAUGUACAUUUUAACCAUGUUAUGCUCAUGGUGUUCCCUCAUCGUCAGGUUAAUCAAAGUUGUAAAUUGAUUGUUUCACGUAUAUUUGAGUAAUCAUGUAUUAUUUUGCAUUUGAGGUGCUCAGAAAAUUCCAGUUUUCACUUACUCUCCAUCUCUGCCCACUUUUCUGUACAGAUUAGUUAAAAAAUUCAGACUCUGGGUUACACAUGUAGAGUUCAAAAUGUCUCAUAGUCAUUAUAUAAUAAUUAAAACAAGUAGGUGAAAGUCCACAGCUUUCUACAGUAACAUGCCAUUAUGAAGAGGUGAGUCCAUUCUGCAGUUUUGAAGAGUCAAAUGACCUGUUUCUAACAAGUAAUGUAUGUUAUAGUUUAAUACUAAAUAUGAGAAAAUUUUUUAGAAAAAUCAGCAUAAUUUGUCUUCUUUAACAGUCUGUUAUUUAAUUUAGCCCCUGCUGCUGCUGAAAAGGCUCUCAGGUGGAGGUGCCCACGUCUUCAGGCGUCUAUCAGGCUUGGCUCAUGUAGGCCUCCCCCCAGGUCUGGUUCACUGUCUUAUGUGUCCAUGCUCAGGUUUAUUCUGUUGUUUGUCUUAAAUGACAAAUAGAAGCAAUAUAUGAUCCACUAGAUGGAGACAGUCACAGCAAUCAAAAAUGAACUAGAUUAUUAUUUAAAAAUAUGAUUCUGAAGCUAUUUAAUAUAGAUUUUGUGUUUUAUUAAGUUAUGUUUAUUAAUUUUUGACCUGUCAAAUGUUUACUCUUUUUUUUUUUAUUUAAGGAUCUGUUAACUUGCGCAUAUGAGACCAAUAUUAAUAAUAGCAAUGUUAAUUUAGCACUUUGAUUUUUUUUUUUUUUUUACAUGUAUUAAUAUUAUUUUUUGUUAUUUUUAUGUAAUUACUUAAAUUCAAAAUAAGUAUUAUACAAUGCCCUCCACUGAUAUGGGCACCCUUAACAAAUAAGAACAGUGAUACCCCUAUACUAUAGCUUGGUAGUUUGGUCUGUUACCAAGUUACCCUCACCCCCACCACUGUUUAUUCGUACAUGAGUGAAGGGCAUUAUAUAUUUUCUUGUUUUGACCUGGGACACUGCACUUAAGUUUGAGUUAUGUCUCCCUUGUUUGAGGAUGUGGCGUUUUUCUGUGAACCUAAAAUGUUUGAGUGUACCGACCACUCACAGCUCCCGCUAGUGUUAGCUUGGUGUAAUAAUUAUUAUCAAAUGAUGAAAAUGUGCCGUGGAUUGUCCCUUAUGUGUUUGAAAACCUUUCACCAAGCAGUAUGGCUACACUGUUCCAGAGCCAAGAAUGUGGCAAUGUCCUCAGUAUUCUAUAUUUAUUCUAUAAGAAAUAUCCAAGAGCUAAAUCCACAAUUGUUGAAACUGAUCAUUUAUUUUAAAUGAUGUCCAUUAUUCUUCAGUAUAAUUCAGUAACCAGUAUUUUCCUACAUCCAUCAGUGCUCAAAAUGAGGAAAUGUAAUUAACUGUGUUUAAAACCAAACUGCGUAACAUUUGUUGUUUUUUUACAGCACUUUUCUUAUAUUAUUAUUACUAGAAGCUACUCUGGGCAUCUUUUUUAUGGAGGGAAACCUGGCUUGUCUGCACAAAUAUGUUAUCUCUUUCUUUGGAAUAUUCCACAGCAUGGCAUUUAAUAUUUCUGUCUUUGUUUUAUUUCAUGACAUUUUAAUUAUCAAAAAAUGUGAAAAACAAGCAUUCUUACUGUGAGCGUCUCUCCACAGAUCUGAUGUGUAAUUUGACCUUGUGAUACCACCUUCUGAACAGAUUUAAUGCCAUACUGUGGAACAUUCUUGGCAAAGCAAUAACAUGUCCAUGGAGACAAGCAGGUAGCAGACACUCCUCUAGAAAAGUUUUGCGGCGUAGCUUUAAGAUGAUUUUAGAAACAUUUUCCAAUUACUGUUAGACUCUGUUUGAAACUAUAACUUUAUUAAGUAGGGAUCCAUAAUGUAUUUCUUGCUCCAUGUCACAUACUGCUUGGUGGAAACUCCAAAAUGCCUAGUUUUUCUAACCAUGUCCACCGUCUUCUCCCCUCGUGAACAAACCCCCUUAUGUACGAGUGUUGUUUUAAUGAAGGAACUCCAAUUAUGAUUUUCUUUGUAGCUGGCCUACAUAUGUAAUUCUCUACUUUAAUUUAUUACAAUGAUCUAUUACAAUGAGUGUUCUUUUUGCAUUUAUGGCAGCUUUUGUUGUGGUGACCUCUCCUGACCAGUGUUACCCCGGAAGCACAAUUGAUCGGUGGACAGUAUUGUUGAGAGACUUGGAUAUCAUUUGCAUUGGUUCCAUAUAUACUUACAUGAACAAAGCAGGGUAUUACGGGGUAUUCUCCUGUCCAACUGUGACUCCAUGUUGCCUCUCCAUGUGGUUUUAGUUCCAGCCCAAAGCCGGCCUCCUCGUCCUGUAUUCUGUGUACAGUGCAAUGGGACAAACCAGAGCAAACAGCUGCAUGGAAUAAACGCUGAUGUGCUGUACCCA